CACAUCAACAGUGACACGUCAACUACAGUGACACGUCAGCAGUGCCACGUCAGACACAGUGACACGUCAGCUACAAUGACACGUCAGCAGGCCACGUCAACAGUGACACGUCAGCUACAGUGCCACGCUAGCAGUGCCAUGUCAGACACAGUGCCACGUAAGCAGUGCCACGUCAGACACAGUGCCAUGUCAGACACAAUGCCACGCCAGACACAGUGCCACGUCAGCAUGACAGGUCCAGCAAUGGGCCUGCCAGGCCAACUGGCCAAUGAGCCCAUUGCCGACUACAAAAAGUGCUUCCAGGCUCAGCUCGCUUUAAUCGAGGUUGAGGAACAACGCUUGCUGGCAGCCAAGGCUGACCAGCUACAGGCUGAAGAAGCGGCAACAACAGAGAAGCUGCGGCUACAGGCCGAAGCAGACGCAGAUGCCAAGGCUCGCCGCAAUGAAACCCAGGAUCUGCUGCAGCGGCAUGAAGCCAACAACAUCGAGAGACUCAAGUUCUGGCACUUUGAACCGAACGGCGACGACGCAACACCGAAAGAGCAGCAUAAGGAGUUCCUCUCCAAUCUCGUGACACGGUUGUUGUAUGCUUGCAACUACCAACGGUCCGAGUUGGAGAGACAGAACCAGGAACUGCAGCAACAAUACCAGGAUCUGAAGACGCAACACCACGAGUUGGCGAACCUCCGCCGGAUGGUGCAGAGCUACGAGGAUGCAACACGGGCACUCAAUUCCCGUGUACUGGACCUGGAACAGGCUGUACCAGGACCAGAUGCUGGGGCUUCCAGCAGUGCACCCUCUAGCCGCCAACUGGAGGAACGCGUUGACCACGUGGUGGCAAUGCUGGGCGACAUCAGCACCUUCGCGGCGCCAACCACCAUCAGCAGCCAACUGGACACGUUGAAGACCGAGAUCCAGCAACUGCAGCCGACGAACACGGAUGGCAAUCCAAAGCAAUACAAGAUGCCAACCUUCCAACUGGAGAAGUUCGACGACUACACACAUUAGGAUCCGGUCCUUUGGUGGGAAGCUUUCACGA